AUGUCUGAGGGGCAAUAAGAAUUUGAAGGUUAAGAAGGGCAAGAAGGCAUGCAAGAGGGAUAAUAAGAACAAUAAUAGCAAUAAUAACAAUAAUAAUAAUAAUAAUAAAAUCAGACAUAGCAAAAACAAAAGCCUGUUGUUCCAAAAAGCGAUCCUCCUCCAGAAGGCGCAAUUAUAUUUGAUUUUGAAGUCUGUGUGGAUUGCUCUUCUCAUGCUUGGUGUACUCAUCAUGACGAAAGCAAAUAUACAUAAUUGUAUUUGGAUUGCAAAGCAGAGAUUGAAGCCUAAAUUCCAAGAGCCUAUUGCACUUAUAAUGCUAAGAAAAAACCCUCGACUGGAGCGUUUGAAAUUUCUCACAAAGGAACCAUUAUCUUUUCUAAAAGAAACUCCUAAGUUUUCCCACAACCUAAGCUUUUACCUGAAAGAAUCAGACAAUUCUUAGAUGACGUGGAAAAUAAAAGAGAUUUGGCUAAGUGGGCUACAAAAAAAGAAGUAAAAUAAGAACAACCCAGACAAAUCAAGGAAAGACCAACCUUCUAAACCUAUAUGAAGCAAAGAGAAGAAUAGGAGAGAUUAGCCAAAGAACAGAAACUAAAAUAAUAGGAAGAGGAAAGAUUGAAAUAGGAAUAGGAGGAGAGAGACAGAAAGGAAAAAGAAAGGUAAGAGGAGGAACAAAGGAAAAUAGAAGAAGAAAAAAGAAAACAAGAAGAAUAAAGAUUGGCUGAAGAAAAGGCUGCUGCUGAAGAAAAGGAGAGAUAAGAAUAAGAAUAAAAGAUUCUUGAGUAAUAAUAAGAAGAAGCAAACAAAGAACAAUAGGAAUAAGAAUAAUAAUAAGAGGGAGAGAAAUAACCAGAAUGAAAAUAUUCAAAUUAAGUAGAAUGAGAUUAUAACAUUAAAAAAACUUAUUAGUUAUUGUUAUUAA